GAGAAGCAGCGUAUGACAGACCGGUUGGAGGACACCAGUCUGAGGCUGAAGGAUGAGAUGGACCUCUACAGGAAGAUGAUGGACAAGCUGUGGCAGAACAGACAUGAAUUCCAGAAGGAGAGAGAGGCCAUGCAAGAGUUGAUAGAGGACCUGCGUCGGGAGUUGGAGCACCUGCAGCUGUUUAAGCUGGGUUCAGAGGCGGGGCAGGGGGCGGGGCUAUCAGAAUACAACGCCAAGACACGGGAAAUAGAGAUGGAGCAUGAGGUCAAGAGACUCAAACAGGAGAACUUUAAGCUGCAGGACCAGAACAUGACCUGA